AUGUCUGAGCAAGCAUCCUCUACCGAUGCUACUAAACAGAUUGCUUCCAAAUCCAAGAAUAUUACCAGACACGACAACACAGGCAAGUCUACAAAUGGUCCAAAAAACGUUGAUGACAGGACAGAAAGUCAGCCUGUAAGUGCCGGAACUAAGAAGCAAAACAAAAACAAGAACAAGACCAAAAACAAAAACAAGAACAAGAACAAAAAUGAUAUUCAGAAGAAAGGACACGAAAUAAUAGAUUUGGAUGCUUCGUUGCCUCAAACAGAAAAGCAAGAGACAAAGUCAAAGGAGGAAAUUGAAGCUGAAAAAAAAAUGAAAAAGAAGGCAAGAAGAAAGCAAAAGAAGCAGAAACGUAGGCAAGAAUCCAAAACGGAAAGUCACAUUAAGCCAAGCAGAUUAAAGUUAAGGCUCAAACCUAAAGAGCCUAUUUUCAAGCUGACGGUUCGAAAAUUACCGCCUAAUCUAUGUCAAGAAUCAUUUAUAAACAAAGUCGUUGAUUUCUUCCCCGAUUUCAAUGACCUGGUUAGGAAUUGGUAUUAUUGCCCUGGCCAAUACCCUGACUCUCAGUUUGAGCAAUCAACAUUGUCGAGGUGUUAUAUCAACUGUAAAAGUAAGGACGCUAUGAUGGCAAUUGGGCGUGCAAUUAAAGAACUAACCUUUGUUGAUGAUGAUAAGGAACCUGCAGUUCAGGAAGAAGGCAACACCGAUGUGCAGGAUAGGCCUGUUGAAGAAAAGGAAUAUGACAACGAUGAAAUAUACGGCGAAGCUGAUGAACGAGAAGUAUACAAGCCUGUAAUUGAGAAAUCAAUGUAUCAGGAAAUGCCAAACUUAACCAAGGAUAACAGUGUACAUGUUGAGCAAUGGGAUUUCUUUAAUGGCAAACUUGGUGAGAUAGCAAUUUACCAACGGUUUUGUGAAGCUAUCUCUGAAGAAGGACGGACACAGCUACCUGCCGAUAUAUUUGAAUAUCAAACACAGUAUGAGAAAAAGAAGCUAGCUGAAAAAAGAGAAGCAAAAUUGGCAGCCAAGAAACAGGCCAAAAAGCUUGCCAAAAAGAAAAAAGCUCUGAAACUGAAAGAAUCUGAAAAAAAAGUACCUUCAGAAGAAAAGGAAAAGAAGAAACCUGAAGCAGGGCAAAAGAAGAAAAGGAAAAAGUCCAAGGCAGACAAGAAUCAUAAAGAACAUGGUGAUAAUGCACCUGCAUCCAGUACAAAGUCAAAUAACAAUAAGCUCGUUUCAACUCCAGCAAAGGGUGGUUGA